AUGCAGGAACUUGAUUCUUACAAACAUGGUUGCUCGUAUUGCGCUUUGGUCUUUGUGGGGGUGCUCGCUGGCCCGGAGCAACGAAACUUGGGCGCCUUGCCCACAACUGACCUGAGCGUCAAACGCGGCAUCACUUGUCGUGUGACGCUCAGACAAGGCCGUGUCUCCGCUCCUUUUGGGCGACAGCCGAGAGCCCUAGGCUGGUUCUCUAUCCCGGCGCGAUCAGGCGCUUCCUCAUUCGUCGGGAGCGGUGGCUGUCGGCGCCGAGCGAGCCGCUCGCUAGGCGCCAGUGCGUAUCAGCUUCGGGCGCAACUUGCACCAGCGGCGGGCGAAGAGCCUUCGGAAGCAGGCUCAGCUGGUACUCUGGAAGCCUCCCCGCAUGAAAGCAUUAUUAACACGGAGGUGAGUAGCGUUCUUGCGAGAUCGUACUUGGAAUAUGCUCUGAGCGUGAUCCACGCGAGGGCGCUUCCCGACGCGCGUGAUGGGCUGAAACCCGUUCAUCGCCGCAUUCUCUACGCAAUGAAUCAACUGCGCUUGGAUCCGGACGGCCCGUAUCGCAAGUGUGCUCGCGUGGUCGGUGAAGUGUUGGGAAAAUAUCAUCCGCAUGGCGACAGCGCGGUCUACGAUGCACUGGUACGCAUGGCUCAGCCCUUCUCGAUGCUGGAGCCCCUGGUGGAUGGCCAAGGGAAUCUGGGCUCUGUCGAUGGCGACAAGGCAGCUGCCAUGCGCUAUACCGAGUGUCGCCUGACCUCGCUCAGCAAACGCGUCCUUCUCGCGGACAUUGACCAAGACACGGUCGAUAUGGUGCCAAACUUUGAUGCCUCGGACCAGGAACCCGUGGUGCUACCCGCACGCCUGCCACAGCUACUUUUGAACGGCGCCUCAGGGAUCGCCGUCGGGAUGGCUACGAACAUUCCGCCACAUAACCUGCGCGAGCUCGUGAGCGCGCUCAUUGCCCUUAUCAAGAAUCCCAAACUACUGGAAGCGGAACUAGAAGCGCUGAUUCCCGCACCGGACUUUCCCACCGGUGGUAUUAUCAUGGGUCUCCGCGGCUCCCGCGACCUGCAUCGAACCGGCCAGGGAGCUAUUAUUUUGCGCGCGCGUACCUCGUUCGAAACGGUUCGAGCGAAAAACCGCCCCGUGCGUGAAGCAAUUAUUGUCCACGAGCUUCCGUAUCAGGUGAACAAAGCGCAACUUUUGGAACGAAUGGCGACACUCGUGAACGAGAAGAAACUGGACGGUAUUGCGGAUCUGCGGGAUGAGAGUGACCGCGACGGCAUGCGCAUCGUCAUUGAACUGAAGCGUGAUGCAGAUAAGAACGUUGUGCUCAAUCAGCUGUUCAAGAAGACUGCUCUGCAGGCGGCUUUCAAUGGUAACAUGCUUGCGUUGGUAGGGCGACGCCCUGAAAAACUGAGUCUACGACGUGCGCUCGAAGUCUUCCUCGAAUAUCGAGUGCAGGUGAUUCAAAGACGCUGCACUUUUGAGCUGAACAAGGCACGAGACCGAGAGCACAUCGUGCAGGGCCUGCGUCUUGCGCUCCGCGAUAUCGACGCCGUCAUUCGCAUCGUGCGGAACGCCCGCGACGUGAGUUUCGCCCGCAGGGCACUCGUUGACCCUGAUGGUGCCUUUGGACUCUCCGAGCGCCAAGCAGAUGCAAUUUUGGGAAUGCAGCUACGUCGCCUGACCCAACUAGAGAUGGGUCGUCUCGAUCAGGAGCAUCAGGAGCUCCUGGCGCAAAUCGCGGAGCUCGAGAAUACACUCGCGAGACGUGAACUCGUUAUGGCCAUGAUCACUCGGGAGCUGCAGGAAAUCCAGUCACAAUUUGGACGACCACGUCGAUCCGCGAUUUCACCCGAAGAGCCAGAACUCUCCGAUAUCGACCUGGUUCCCAAUGAGGAAUCGGUGAUCAUCGCCACCAAACAAGGCUACGUGAAGCGAAUGGCGAUGCGCGAAUUCGAAGCGCAGCGGCGCGGUACUCGGGGCAAGGCUGCGGCGCGUAUUCGCGAAGACGACCAAGUCGCUCACUUCUUCUCCUGCCGCGAUCACGAUACCAUCUUGGCGAUCUCCCAACGAGGCACUGCCUAUGCGAUUCGAGCGUUCCAGAUACCACAGGCGUCGCGCGUAGCUCGCGGUGCACCGCUGAGCGCUCUGUUACCGGUUUUCGAUGCGAGCAUCGGCAAUGCAGAGACAAGUCUCGCGGCGCUGGUACCCAUAUCCGCCUUUACCCCGGAUCGCUAUCUGCUUCUACUCACACAGCAGGGCUGGCUGAAAAAGACGCCGCUCUCCGCAUUUGCGAACAUGAACGCCAGGGGUCUGAUUGUCAUGAAUGUGCGUGAUACCGACACGGUGCGCUGGGUACGUCUCUGCGGUAACGACGACUCGGUGAUCAUAUCAUCGACAACUGGUCUUGCGGUUCGUUUCUCGCUCUCGGAAGCGCAGCUUAGGUCGACGGGACGCCGAACCCAGGGUGUGCGUUCCAUGCGGCUGCGGAAGAACGACGCGAUAGCCGAUAUGGAUGUGGUCGACGGCUGUGCAGACGUCACCACCUCGGAGCGCUACCUGGUGGCGAUUACCGAACAGGGUUACGGAAAACGCCUCCAUGUGGAUGCGUUUCGUAUUCAGAGGCGAGGCGGCGGGGGUAAGCGUGCGACCAGCUUCAAGAUGGAUACGGAGGAUCGUUUGCUCUGCCUGCGUUGCGUAGAACCGGACUCAGAGAUUAUUCUUAUCACUGAGCGGGGUACUGUGGUGCGCGUACCGUGCGAUAGCAUCCCCAUUCAGGGUCGCUGGGCUACCGGUGUUUACGUACAGCGACUCGAUACUGGAGAUCGUAUUGCGCAGGUAAGUUUCACGAACGGCAGCGAAGCGGAACCGAUGCCUUCACCUGCCUGGGAUUUGGACUCGCGUGGUUGA